AUAGGUUAUAGAAUUCCCACUGUAAACGCACCAUAUUUUGCUGUCUGGUUGAACAGUUUCAUUAACAAGUCUACCAGACUUUUAUUACCACGGAUAGGAAGAGAAUUCAAGUUUGACAACAGCCGAAUGAAGGAAGUUUUGGAGAUUGCCCCACGAGACUUCAACCAAACCAUUCUUGACACUGCCUACAGUUUGAUUGAAAAUGGAAUUGUGAAAAAGUCUAAGAAAUACAAACAAGGAAAAAAAGAAGAACAGCAACUUACAGAAGAAGAAAAAACAGAAGAUAUUAAGAAAGAAGAAGAAGAUGGAGAAAAAACAGAGGAGAAAAGGGAAGACAAACAUGAGGAUGAAAAUGAAAAAAACAAAACUAAAGAGUUGGAACCUGAAGAUAAGCCUGAGAAAUUUGCUGACGAACCACCCAAAGCAGAGUCUAUAGAAGCUAUUGACAAAUAAAGGGUCUUGUAUGACCCAUUAUUUUCUGGUGUGAGAUUGGGAACAAACGUAUGUGUGUGUGUAUCUAUUCACUCUAAAAUGUGCUUUAAGAAUUCAUGCUUAUUGUUCAAGUCAGUUGAUAGAGUGCUUCACGAGGUGCUUUACCACUCUUGCCACUUUCUAAACUUUUUUUUUAAAGUUUCUAAGCUGUAGUCCAGGGCUUCAGCCUCUUGGUUCUUGUUGCAAGUUAGUUAUAGAGUCAAAUUUAGACUAAUAGUAUUGUCAAUGAAUGUAAACAAAUGUGUUAAAGUGUCCGUUCAAUCUUACAAAUAGCUCACAUACAUGCUUAGCAGGAAAAUUGGCAUUUUUUUAAGAUCGCAGAAUACGUGGCUACAGUAUCGUUGCCUUGUUUGGCAUGUAAUAUGUGUACUGGCUGGCACACUUAACAUAAAACCAGUUGUGACAGUGAUUGCUUUAUUUCGGUAUUGUCAUAAAUUUACAAUUAUGUGUGUGAUAAGUAUCAUUCUUCGACGUUAAGAUUAGGGAAUAUAUGUAAAGGUUUUUGGGGUUUGCAUAGCUUGUUGAAACUUGAAGAUGUGCUGUUGAAUAUUUGAAUCACGUUGUAUAUUAGAUAAUGUUUAUGAAUAGUAUCGUUAAGAGUUUAGUGGUGAGCCUGAAGCCUAAUGUAGUAGGUUUUGUUAAUGUUGACCAAGGGUAAACAACAGAUUUAAAGUUACUGAAGCAGUAACAUAGGGCUAUGAAAAAUUAGAAACACUACUUUAAUAAGGAAAACUGUCAAAAGUGUAAUGUUAAUAGAUAAAUUACAUACCCAUUGUUUACUGCUACUUAGAAUAAUAUUUAAUAACUACUUGAAAUAACAUUAUAGCAUUGCACAUCAAACACUAAUUAAAAUGAAAUUUGAUGUACACGGCCAGUCAUUAGGUUUUCUUCAAAAAAUAAAUAAAAGAGGGUAGCUUAGUUACUUUCGAAUAAGAUACAUUAACGAACUAUAUAUUGUAUUGACUGUUUAUAUAAUUGAAAGAAACCCACGUAGGUAGUAGACUACGUAUUCUUUCAAACGCUUUGGAUGUUUUGUAUGCCAUAAAAGUAUCUAUCUGUAUAAGAUUUUUUUUUUGAAAAUGUUUUGGAAAACACUAAAAAUUUCUAGUCUAUUCUAACUAUAAAUUGUUAAUUUACUAGUCCUUAGUAAUGUUAUUACUAGUAUUUAAAAAUAAUAACGACGUUUUCAUGGAAUAACUUAGCAAACUUAAUUAUUUAGAAAAGGUGUAGAUAGUAUCAUUCGUGUCACCUAAUGAGAACCUGUUUAUUUAAAAGUGAAUACUCAUUAUUAUGAAAUACCGUAUUGCCCCUAAUGAAUCACCCCGAGGGGGUGGAAACAUCAAAAAAGGGGGCGCUGAUUAGAGAUUAAUUGGAUCAUAUGAUAAUACCUCUAUUAUAAACAAAUUUAUCUAUAAUAAGUGGUAGCAAACAUAGCCUAUUUAUUUCUAAUUUUGCUAUAAACACCAGUGCUCACUAUUGCAGUAAAUAUGGCAAUCAUUGCUUAUAAGUGUCAAAAAAUCCUAUGUACCGGGUAACCUCCUUUGAUCGGCAUCGCCAAAGCGUCUUUGAAGUUUGCUGCUACGGUAAAAAAAGGCGGGAAAAUCGUGGCCUACGUGAUAUUUAUCAGUUAUCAGUAGUGAUUGCUGAUCUCUGUGAGGGGGGCGUUAAUUAUGGGCAAUACGGUAUGUGUUGUUAUUUUAAAAAAUGACUAGCGAUGCAACAGAAAACAAUUUUUUUUUAUGUUUACUUUGCCAACUUGACAUCUGAGUACGUGGAGUGAAAAUCUUGAAUAAUUUUAAAGACAAUUUUAGGUAAAGAAUCUAACACUUGCCAGAGAGAUUUAGGGUUAGACAUAAUUUCGUGUAGUGAUAUUAUAUUGCAAUAUUUUGUUAAAAUUACAUAUAAUGUCAUAAUUGCAGUAGAUGCUGGACAUUACUUCACAGGUUUAGAGUAUAUUUAUAAUGUCUGCACUAAUCUUUAAAGCAGCAAGCGCAUGAAACACAGCGCCAAAACUGCUUCGUCAUGAAGCAUGCUGGUACUCCCAAAACUUAUGCUUUAGAUCUGAAAAUCAUAUUUCUGUAAAGUAAAGUUUAUAUCUUAAUGUGUAAACACAUGUUGCUCUUGUCAUAGGCAUGAAAGAUAUUACAAUGGUUCAAGGCAAAAUUUUGUUAUAUAUUUUUUAUAGUAAGCUAAGUAAUCAAAAUCUCUUAGUUAACUUCUAACACUGAUCGUGAUUUUUAUUCAUGAUGUUUUUGCCUCUGCGUGACUUGUAAGCCAUCUUUAUUCAAUUUCAAACGUUCAUACAUAUAAUGAUUGCUUUAUUUUUCAUAUAACUUUCAUAAGUCUUAAUUUUUGUAUGUUGUCAGAUUUACUCAUAGUGUUUGCUCAUAUUUGUCUGACAUUAUUUGGCUUAUGUAUCAAUGUAUAGUCAUUUUACCACUAAAAACUUUGUUUCGUUAUUCCUGUAAGAGCAAGAAAAAGGCAAAAAUUUAUAAACACCGAAACCACCCUUUUGUCAUUUUUAAAACAAAUGUUUCUUCUUCGGUAAGCACAAGUGAGGGGGUUUAUUAGAUAAAUGAAACACACCAGGAUAAAAAGAUGGAAAAGAAAAAAGGAAGCUUAAUCAAUUUUCUUGAAACUGUAAAAUCGAAAGUAAAAUAAAUUUCUUGAAAUUACGUAUCGUAAUCUGCCUAUAACAUCACUUUGUCAAACUUUUAUCAAAUAACUUGUCUCCAUACAUUUUUAUUCCUGUGAUAUGUCCAGUUUUUAAUGUCAUGUAUUAUUCUCUGACCAUUGUAUUUUAAACUGCUUUUGAGAUGUUCCCGUCAGGUGGAAGUUUUUACAAACCUUAAAAUACAUUUUUCUGGUUCGUAUUCGAAACGGAUGAUAUUUUUGCAACUUUUAAAACAUAUUCUGCCUUCAUAAGCUCACUGCCUGUGAUACGUAUAACGUCAUCUUCUUCUACGUGUAACCUUUCUUACUCUUAUAAAAAUAGAUUUUUUCAAUCACUUUAUACUUUUCAGUGUUCAAAGACACUGCGUUUUUCAGUGUCUUCAUCUCAUAUAAUAUAAUUGUUUGAAAAUUUGAUGAUGUUUAAUGGCUUGAAUUUCUGAAACAAAUUUUAUUUUUUUUCUUCAGGGAAGAAAGCGAGAGCAGAGCAGUUAUUGGUUAGCAUAUGAUAACUGAAUUUCGUUAAGUAAUAAAAUAAGGAUUUCAUUAUGUGAUGUGAUGAUGCCUGAUAAGUUUAUAGAAACCAGUAAAAAAACACGAAAGUGUUGAAUUCCGCUUAUGAACAAUUCACACGUGGUAAUAUAAUGUCUAAAACAGAAAGUUGUUCCAGACAUUUUUUACAUGUGUUGCUGAAAGGUAUAAGAUAAUGAUGAAACGAAUAUUGUAGUUUGCAUAGUAAGAUUAAAGUUUGUAUGGAUACAAGUGUUACAGAACAUCAUGUAAAAAUACUGUUGUAAAAGAUGUUGAAACUCUUAACGAUAAAUGUAACAAUGAAUCACAGACUGUUCUCUAGGUUAUAAUAAUACGUGUUGAAAUGUUGGAGUUUGUAAGAAUGAGGAUGAAACACAAAAUUAGUCGACAUUACUAUGGAUGAGUUGAUAAAGUUUGUAGUAUUGAUGAUAA